CGCACUGUGACGUAAUCACACAGCGACCAUCGCUCCGCUGUAACACACGAGGAUGGUUUACUCUACUCUAAAAUAAAGUAUUCAGUGGUUAUUUAGUCAAAUAAAGUACGCGGAACUACUCGUCUAGCCCCGGAGAAGGAGUUGAAGCAGAGAUGUGUGACUUCUCGUCGCUGGGUUUGUCGGACUGGCUGGUUAAACAGUGUAAACAGAUGGGCAUCAACAAACCCACCGAGGUCCAGCAACACUGCAUGCCUCCUAUACUAGCAGGUCGGGACUGUAUGGGCUGUGCUAAGACCGGAAGUGGGAAGACAGCAGCUUUUGUGCUGCCGGUGGUGCAGAAACUGUCAGAGGACCCAUAUGGCAUCUUCUGCUUGGUGCUCACUCCUACCAGGGAGCUCGCCUAUCAGAUUGCAGAGCAGUUCCGAGUCCUGGGGAAGCCGCUGGGUCUGAAAGACUGCAUCAUCGUCGGUGGAAUAGACAUGGUGAGCCAGGCCCUAGAGCUGACCAACCAACCACAUGUGGUCGUAGCGACGCCAGGACGGCUGGCCGAUCACAUCCGCAGCUCCGACACCUUCAGCAUGAGCAAGAUCCAGUUUCUGAUUUUGGACGAGGCGGACCGGCUGUUGGAGCAGGGUUGUACCGACUUCACCAAAGACCUGGAGACGAUCAUGGGGACUUUACCGGCUAAACGGCAGACGCUGCUGUUCAGCGCCACGCUCACUGACACCCUGCACGAGCUGAAGAACAUCGCCAUGAACAAACCUUUCUUCUGGGAGAGCAAGUCAGAGACACGGACAGUUGAUGAGCUGGACCAGAGGUACAUCCUCACUCCAGAGAAGGUGAAGGACGCCUACCUGGUCCACCUGAUCCAGACGUUUACUGACGAGCAUGAUGACUGGUCCAUCAUGAUCUUCACCAACACCUGCAAGAGCUGCCAAGUCCUCACCAUGAUGCUGCGGGAAUUUAACUUUCACGCCAUCUCCCUGCACUCCAUGAUGAAACAGAAACAACGAUUUGCAAACCUCGCCAAGUUCAAGGCCAGCGUCUUCAAAAUCCUGAUUGCGACAGACGUGGCUUCCAGGGGUUUGGAUAUUCCAACUGUCCAGGUCGUCAUCAACCACAACACCCCCGGUCUUCCCAAGAUCUACAUCCACAGAGUCGGAAGAACAGCAAGAGCAGGGAGGAAUGGAGUGUCCAUCACACUGGUGACGCAGUACGACAUCCACCUGGUCCACGCCAUCGAGGGACAGACUCAGACAAAGCUGAAGGAAUAUCCUGUGGUGGAGAAAGAAGUCCUGAAGAUCCUCACUCAGGUCAACGUGACCAGACGGCAGUGUGAAAUAAAACUGGAGUCAACAGAUUUUGAUGAGAAAAAGGAGAUCAACAAGAGGAAACAGCUGAUCUUGGAGGGAAAGGAUCCAGACCUGGAGGCCAAGAGGAAGGCCGAGCUGGAGAAGAUCCGGAGCCACAAGAAGCAGUUUAAACAGAAGAUCCAGGAGAGCAUUGAGAAACAGAAACGUGGACAGCUGAAAAAGAAACUAAUGAAGAGAAAACAGAUGAAAAAGAAAAAGGCGGCGCAGGCAACAGCGUAAAAACUGCUGUGUCCCAUGUAUAUACCUAAAGUUUUAUUACUGUACAAUAUCUAAUAAUUUCAUGUGUGAACAUCUGCAAAUAAAUUUGAACUUGUGCCGAAUUUCAUACCAUCAAAACAACUGCUCAAAUCGACAGCCUUUAUUGAUUCAGUUAAACAAGGAACCACCAUGUUGUGAUGAAACUUCACUGCAAAGACGUUUCAAAUAGGUAUUUACAUCACACUGAGCUCUCAAUCUCUGCCUGUUGACAGAGAAUCAAGGGUUUGGAUGCAAAUGCUUAACAACUAAUUUACAACUGAAUCACUUUUUUAAUGAUCACUGCACAUGUUGCAAUUCAUUGUGGCUCAGGAGAUGGAAAAAAAACACCAAAGCAAUAAUAUUACGGCAGCAGGUUCUUAAAGCUAUAACAUAUUAGGAACGGGCUGAUAUGUGAAGCUAAUUCAUUGCACAAAAGAGUGAUUCGCACAAUGUCAACAAAAACAGAACUACUUCUAAGUCAAUUAAACGUGGAAACAUCUAGUUGCAACAUGAUUGUCACAUGUCUGCUGAAAUGAGAAGCAGGUGAGAAACAACAGUGGAGUACAUUCUUACUGUGUUCAGAAAGCGUCUUUUCUGGAAGAGUUAAAAAAAACUACAAUCCCUCGGAGAGUUUGAGGAGAAGAUACAAAACUUAUGAAGAAAGGAAACGGCGUCCGCCUCAUUCCUGUUGUCAGCAAGUUGCUACAAAAAGGGAUUUUUUUUUAGUAAAACUACACAAAAUGGCUAAAUAACACCCAACUGAACAAAACAUGACGCACAAAGCAGCGAAUCCUCUGACAAAAGCAAAGUUUGGAUCAACUUAAGGGUUCACACAGUUCUCCAGGAAAAGGGUUCAGGAUCCACGUAAAUCUCAAGAGGAACUCUACAAGGAAUACAUAAUGCAG